ACUUGCUCACCCACUCAUAUCAUUACUCAUUACCCGCACUGAAAACCUUAGUACUGCUAGUGCUAGCUAGCUUGCUGUGUAGCUCGAGGAAGGCAAGCGGCUGGGUAGACAGAAUCCAACGACUGCGAGCAAUGGCGAAGCCGCAGCAGGAGGUGUACUUCGUGUUCAUGAACUUCGACCCUGUCUACGAGCGACUAAGGGCCGAUCGGUCGAAGCAGGGGUCGGCGACGCUGGACGCGUACCUGAGCCAGAAGCACGACAAGCUCCUCGCCAAGCUCCUCCAGCCCGACACCUACUGGAAGAAGUCCUCGCUCGCCAUCGUCGACGGAUUCGCCGUCGAGAUCACCGACGCUCAGGCAUACAUGAACGACUCAGCUAUAUAUAUACUUAUGCAGGCGAGCGUGCUGAGGUCGGCCAAGGAGGUGAGGGUGGUGGAGAAGAACCAGGAGCUUGCUUGACCAGCCAAACAUCCAGGCGGUUAUAAGCAUGAUCUUUUAGAUGCUUUGGGCAUUAGCCAUAGCUAUGGAAGCUUGGUUUACUAUAAGCUAAGGCACGAGUACGUUGAUCAGUUGCUACUAGUCAAUUGCUUUUGCGGCGUAAGUGUAUCGAUCGGUGUGUGUUUUGUGUGAUCUCCUAUGGCUUUGUUGACUCUAAUGUCAAGCUCAAGCUUAGCUCCUAUCUUUAUACUACGUAAUAGUAGUACUUAAUUAGCACUAGCGGCAGAAAUAUGGAUAUUCUUCAUCGAUCUUACUAGCUAGGGUCUACUGAUAUUCAGAGGAUGACUUUGAAGAUUGAACCCAGCUGCAAUGUAAUGGUGAUUAUAAAUGAAUGAACGGUUAUCUGUGUAACGCAGUA